AUGUGCCUUGAAGGCCUGGGUGUUCUCUGUAUGAUACACAAGCAGGAGCUUGAUUUUCAGACCACCACUCGCAUUUGCGCAAGAUAUGACGGUCAGCCUAUCUUUCAUAGCAUCUGGCAUCUUCUUCUCCUCGGCAGUGACGUACGUCCUCCUGGACAAUAUCUUCCAGAAGAUGCGGAUGAAAGAGUCGAAGAACACAGGGAAGCAUUGCUUGUCGUGGAAUACACAGGCAAAAUCGUGUGGAUGCCGCAGGUCAUAUACAAAAGUUCUUGUGGAAUAGACAUCAGUCACUUUCCGUUUGACGAACAAGAAUGUAAAUUGAAAUUCGGCUCUUGGACCUAUGACGGUUACAAACUGGACGUCCAUUUUCUUAACAACCUAUCUGAGAUUGAUCUCUCUGAAGCCCUAUAUCGACCUGACCUUCACAUUAAGGGUCAGGCGACGUUCCGCCUUCUACAACUACCUUUUGCUGCUGCCCUGUAUUUUGCUUUCAACUUUGACCUUAGUCCUUUUUUGGAUACCUCCGGAAUCCCCGGCCAAAAUGGCACUGGGUAA